AUGCUCAAUCCUUCGGCCUAGGACAUGAGAGUUUGACGAACCACCAUUUUCAGUGUGUGUGGAUCAACAACCGAACUCCCUCGUCAGUCGUCUCGCAAAUCAAACCAUCGCCGGUGAAAGAGAGAGUGAAAUCAAAUGGCAGGAAGAUUGAGCAAAGUAGCUUCAACGAUACUAGGUGGAAACGGCGUCGUUUCCCGUUCUGUGGGUAACUCCCUCCGUCAACGUGCGGGCAUGGGCCUUCCCGUCGGCAAGCAUCUCGUCCCCAACAAACCGCUUUCGGUGAACGAUGAGUUGACAUGGGAUAACGGUACUCCAUUUCCCGAGCCUUGUAUCGAUCGGAUCGCCGACACUGUUGGCAAGUACGAAGCAUUAGCUUGGUUGUCCGGUGGACUGAGUUUCUUCGCUUUACUCGGAUUGGCCGCCGUCGUGAAUGAUAAGGCUUCUACAUAUCCCUUUACUCCAAAGGUUUAUCCAUAUGACAACUUGAGGGUAGAGCUUGGCGAAGAACCGUAGAUGGAUCUGUAUUGGGACAAUUGUAUCAAAUGUUAUUCAGCUACAUGGCCCUCAUUUUACAUUUUAUAUUUUAUUUCCGUUUGUAACUCUGGGGUUUUGAAAAUAAAUAUCUGACAUUGUUGUUAGUUCUGUUGUUUCUAAAAUUGGUAAGGGAUAUGGUUGGUACCUUUUAUGGUAAUGGUGAUGCUGCUUUUUUGUUGUAAAUGGCAACUAUAAAUCUGUAAUAAGUUUGUAGAUCUUGGGACUGCUUGCUCUAACAACCAAGUAUUGAUGUAGUGUUUAAUA